GCAAUCAGCACUCAGUCUUCUUCCAGUCCGCCCCGAGCGGCCCGCCCUCAGGAACACACGCCGGCGGAAAUGGGAGACAAGACCAUGGACAAGCUCCGGGUCCAGGCCGUCCAGCUCCUGGUGGCCUCCAUGGCGGCCGCCGUGCUGCUGUGCGCGGCGCCGGCCGCCAGUGCACCUUCACCCAAGCUCGCCGAUGGCGCCAGCUUGCUGCCCGACGCGGCCGUGGCGGCGGCCGCCCCGGUGCCGCAGGUGGUGCUGGCCACCGCCCCGAAGGCCGUCAGGGCGCCCAUCUCGCCCAGCUCGCUGAUUCCCCACGACGACGUGGGCACGUCCGAGGACCGCAUUCGCUUGGUGACCGCGCCAAAGGCGAAGAGGUCCAGCUUCUUCGAGGCGUACAGCAGCCACGCGGACUACCACAGCGCGAACCACGGUCACCACGCCAGCCACAAGCAUCAGCACAAGGCGGACCACAAGCAUCACCACAAGGCGGACCAUAAGCAUCACCACGGACACCACCACGGCCACCACCACAGCCACAAGCACGAGCAGGAGCACAAGCAUGAGUCCCAUCACAAGCAUCACCACAAGGACCACCAUCACCACAAGCAUGAGGAGCAUCACCACCACGACCAUGAAGUGCAUCACCACCACAAGCACGAGGAGCAUCACCAUCACGAACACAAGAUCCACCACCACCACAAGCACAAGGAAGAGCAUCACCACGACCACAAAAACGACCAUGGCCACAAACACGGCCACCACCACAAGCACGAGGAGAAGCACGAGCACGAGCACAAGCAUCACCAGCAGCAUCACCACAAGCACGAGAACGACCAUCAUCACGAGCAUCACGAGCAUCACCACGAGGGCCACAAGCAUCACCACGAGGAGAAGCACGAACAUGGUCACCACCACGCCCACAAGCAGGAGCAUCACCACAAACACGAACAGGAACACAAACACGGCCACAAGGAAGACCACCACCACAAACACAGCCACCACCACGGCCACCACCACAAGGAAGAACAUCACCACAAGCUCCAUCACGAACACAAACAUGGCCACAAACACGGCCACCACCACAGCCACCACGAAGACCACCACGAAGAACACAAACAUGGUCACCACCACAAGCACCACCAGGACCAUCACCACGACCACAAACACGGCGAGGAGCACAAGCACCACCACGACCAUCACGAGAGCCACAAGGAGGAGCAUCACCACAAACACAAACACGAGCAGAAACACGAACACAAACACCACGAAUCUCACGGUCACCACCACCACCAUGGCCACGAACACAAGGCAGACCACAAACACGAACAUCACGCCCACCACCAUCACGGCCACCACUCCCAGCAUCAACACGACGGACACCACCACCACGAGGGGCUGUUCGACCACGGCCACCACUCCGGCUACAAGGCCGAGGUGGCCGCCGCCCCUCUGGACUCCUUCGGGGGCCUCGAACUGGGAGGAGGGCUCUUCUAGUGAGUCGGAGCAGCCCGGGCCAUCCAGAGCGUCGUUCGUCGCCCUCGGACCAGGAGCAUAUCCCCAGGACGGCGCCGGCUGGCGCAUCACCGCUUUCGUCGUCCUGGCGACACUGCUGGAGCCGCGGCCGUGGAGCCCGGGGGUGCACAGCAGCUGGCCAAAGUGUUUUCUCGUCUUGUGAUAUGUAAGUUACCAAGUCCUGUUAUUGUGUUCAAAGAGUUUACCCUUGUUGUUACCUGUGAGUGCUUGUGGAUCUGUUUUUCGUUCUCAUCCUUCUUAACGGUGUGUUGACUGGUGCUGUGCUAGAGCUAGAGUGUCUGUGAUAAGUAGCCCUUCCUGUCGCCUCUCGUCUAUGUUUGUAUGCCUCCCUUUCUUCAAUCUGCUCCCUCUCUGCCUGCCUCUUUCUCUCGAUAACUUCUUAUUGCUUGUGUAGCCGGCUGUGGCGAUACGUUAAUGGGCUCGACUUGUGGGGGAAAUCGACUGAAAAAUUAUGCUCUUGUGCAUGGCACCACGCGAUGGUGGGGCAAUUCGUCUGUAAAGUCGUUACGCUCCUCUGGUCUGGCGCUCCUUGAGCAUGCCUGACCCAUAUUGUAAACGUCUGUGGUUCAAAUCAUUUUCACGUCCGGGCGGCAAACUGCUGCCAUUGUUGCGUUGCUAUUCACUUGCACAAUUGUUUUUUACUGUUAACGAAAACUAAAAUGUGAAAAAAGAAGGAAACUGUUAGUCACUACAAACAAAGCGUUACAAUAAAAUGACGUUUUUUAACCAAA